GAGAUCAUGCCAUUGCCCAAACUAGCCAGGGUAGGUUUUCAAAUUCGAUUAUUGAAGAAAAUCUCUUGCGAAUUUGAGCUAUCUUUUCAUAAUUUCCUAUCUAGAAGAAGACGAUCUGAUAUCGUUAACCUCUCCGGGAUCCUAUUCUAGAUCUUUUAGUGCACAAAUGAUUUCUGCGUUUAGGGUUUUCUCUAGGGUGUUUUCUACUACCAGGGCAAUUGAUGAAAACGUCCAUCUGCGUCCAGAGUUGCAGCGUCUUUCCAAACAGGUGAAAGUUUUCAACAAAGCUGAUGUUAAGAGAGCUACCAAAGGCAGCCUAAUCUACGCAACAAACUCACCUGCCCAAGCAAAAAAUACUGCACAUGAAGUAUUUGAUCAAAAGCCUGAAAGAAGAAAAAAAGGGGUGAGAAGAACGAUGGCUACAGGAUCAUGUACUGGAACACAUCCAGGCGAUGGUGAACAUAAUUCUUCACUAAUAAUCGACCAUAAACCGUAUGGUGAUCUUGUUGCUAAUUGUGAUGCUGAUCUCAUUUAUUUUGAACUAAAGUAUCAAAAUUCUCCCGAGGGAUCUGAAGAGAAAGCUAAAGCUUGGCAGGCAUACCAAAAUAUCUUGCAACAAAGACGUUAUUUUGAUUCCAGUAUGGAUCUCGUUGGUGAGUUUAUAUUUGGAACAACCGAGAAGGCUUCGAGUGUGAUGAAAGCUGCAAGGCCUGCUGAACAGCCUCUUGUUGAUGACUGGACUUGUUACAAAACAAUGGUGGGCAUUUAUGCGGGAAAAUGUGGGCCAUUGUCGCCAUAUGCAGCGAAACAUAUGUUUAGCUUAGCUAACAUGUCCAAUGCAGGUGUUAAACCAGAGACUUUGGCUAAAGCCUUUGACUACGCUAAUAGCAUCCUUGGUAAGAUGCCUCUUCAGCACGUAAUCCAUGAGGACCCGUAAAACCCAAAAAUAUCUGAAAGCUCAUGGUUUGAGAGAUAGAAAAGUCUAGUUGUUGUUGCUGCUUCGUCUGUGUUGUACAAGUAAAUGGUUGUUAUUGGACUUCUUCUCUUCUCCAACACACUAUUUUCUCAAACUAAUGUUAUUGCUACGUUGAAAGUAAAUCAAGAAACUGGUCGUUACUCGGCCACCAGUAGGUCCUUUGUGCUUGAUUGUGUAUGUCCUGUAGACUUGUUCCAACACGACUUGGUUACAGUUAAA